AUGUCUUUACAAGACAACCAUCAUCACGCACACUCCACCUCAUUGCCACACUCUCCGACCACCACCACAAGUCAUCAACAACAUUCAAACAACAACAACCAUACUCCUUCCUCUCCUUCUCCUCCAUCAUCGGCGCGUCGAAGAAAAACCACCAAAUCCUCUGCAGAAUUUCAAUUUGUUUUGGCCAAGUAUGGAUUAAGUGCAAAUGGUGAGCUACAAGCUUCGUAUUUACAACAACAACAACAGCAACAACAAUUAUCCACGUCGUUGCCAAUGAAUAAUACAACCAAUGCCAUGAUGAAUCAUCAUUCCUUACCUUCAUCGUUGUCAUCCAUUCCACAAAUUGUGAAAAGUGGUCAUCUCAUGAAACAAGGAAUUAAAUGGCGAUCAUGGAAAAAACGAUAUUUCAUAUUAGUGGAUGAUAUUUUGAUAUAUAAAUCUGAAGUGGAUGCACCAGUGAUUGGAUUGUUACAAUUACAAAACGGAAGUGUGAGUGUGGAUGAGAAGAAUAAGAGAAUGUUUCAUGUCAAGUGUGAAAAGUCUUUCAGCAAGGAUAAAAUUUAUAGUGAACGUUCCUAUACCUUUCAAAUUUGUUCCGAAGAUCAUGAAGAGGAACGUGAAGAUUGGGUUCAAAAAGUGAAACGAGCAGCCACUCAACACGUUCGAUCACGUAUGAGAACACGAACGAGAGCGAAUGGUGGUGCUGCUGGAUCGAGUAAUUCUUUGAUGAGUGAUCGAUCGACUCGAACACUAAACACGUCACAGAAUGAUUCACAGAAUGGAGUGAAGGGAGUAGAGUCGAGAAAAAUUGUAGCGAUUGUUGUGACCAAUGCCACUUCCAACAUUGGUAUGGAGGUUGUGAAAUCUCUACUACUUCGAAAAAUUCGUGUCAUUGCAGUGUGUCAUCCUACACAAUUUAUUCCUCAGACUUCUUCUAAUAACAAUGACCAUGAAAGAAAAGGAAGUUUUAACACAGUUUCAAAAGAGGAAUUAUUGAAAAAUUAUGGAGCUAUUGUCAUUCGAUUGGAGAAUGGAUUUCGUCGAUUUGAAGAAGCCUCUCUCGUUGAACAAAUCAAAGAAAAGCAAUAUCACAUAUCAUGUGUGGUUCACAUUCCACUCGAUCAUGAAUAUAUUGUCGAAGAUAUGAACCAAGUCAUUAAUUUUGCCUUGCAAUUAUCUGUAGAUUCCUUUUUCCUUUGUUCGAGAUAUUAUACAGCUCCUUCUUCUCAACCACAUGAUUCCUUUAAGAGUGGAUUCACUAAACAUUCUCAAGAAAACUCGUCGAAUGAAGAACAUGCCAUUGAAUUACCAGAACUGUUUCAUUGUCAUUUACAAUGUGAACAAAUGGUCAAGACUUAUUUUGGACACUCGUGUGGAAUUCUUCGUUGUAAUGGAACCAUGCAAGAUUUUCUACUGUUUUACGAUGAAAAGACCAGAACUUUUUAUUUUCCAUUUGGAGACUUGAAAGAUUCAGAUGAUGAAUCCAAGAAGAGAGUUUCAUGGGUCGAUGCGCGUGACGUAGGUCUAUCCGUUUGUUCCAUGAUUAUGAAUAUCAUGUUUCAAGUAAGCUCUACCAUGUCUUCACAACCACCAAAACCUCCCAAUGCAGGUUUAUUGUUCAUUAGUCAAUCACAUGCAUCCACUCAGCAACAAAAUGAAAAGAAACAUCGAACAACUUACACCUUGACAGGUCCAGAAAGUUUAACCAUUAAGGAUGUCAUUACCAAAUUCUCGAAAAAGACCAAUGUUCCUGUUGAAUAUAAAAUUAUUGACAGAGAGCAAUCCAUUCAUCGAUUGAUGCUAUCCAAAGGUCUCAGAAAAUGGGAAUGUGACGCCUAUCAUGACAUGUACACACGAAUCUAUGAUGCAGGUUUGGCCAUGGCUGUUUAUCCAGAUGUACAAGACAUCAAAAAGUCAGCUCCAACACCUUUCGAUAGCUUUAUUGAGAGAGAAUUGGAAACCUUCCAAGAUCACAAUCCAUGUGUGUGCAUGAUUGGAUCCAUUCACUUUAUUCAAUCCAAAUUAUUACACGCUCUCCAUGAAAAGAAUUAUCUCUCUAAGAAUAUUAUAUUUUCUAAAAAGGAAAUACCUGAUUAUCCAUUCAAGACAGCUCAAUACAUUGUAUUUGAUUAUGAAAAAGAGAAGAAGAGUGUGGAAAGUAAAGUGAGAAUUGAAGUAAUGGAAGAAGUUCGAAAACGUAGAACAGAAGAAAUUAUUGCACAAUCUGGAAUGCUUGGUGUUCCUUUCAAAGCAUCAAGAUCUGCCUCAUUCCAUGAUAUUGAAUCGGAUGAUUUGGCAGAGAAUCGUAUUAAGGGAAUUUUACAAGAAAAGUUUAUUGACAUUGUGUCCGAUGCUGUCAUUCAAUGUGAAAAGUUAAUUUUCUUUAUUAAGGCAAAAUAUCUUCUCAACAAGUGGUUCGACGCCGAAUCGUUCAAGAAAGUGAUUGACAACAGUCAGAGAUCCACCAAAUUGAAACACAUUAUCCUAUUGUACGAUUCUGCCACCAAAAGAAUUUGUCCAGAAUUUUUAACCAAAAUUUCAAUUUAUCUUUCCAUGAAAUGUAAAACAGCGUACACGAUGGUAGAAUUUGGAUGGCUCUAUCAAACACUUGCAACGUUAUCUGGCUCAGAGAUACAGACCUAUUCUUCACUUUCCAUUCCAGUUUCAUCCACCAUUGAUGUCUUAAAUGAUCGAUUGGAGUGGUGUGACGGUGACGAUGUGAUUGAAUUUAUUUUACAUUUGUUACAAAAUAUCAAAUUAGAUUCGGAACAAAUAGUGAAGAAUUUUGUGUGUCACGGUACAAAAGCUAGUUUCCGUGAAAUUGCACGACUCAUGCAUGAAGUUUUGAAGAAGCCAGUAUCAUGUUCUGCUAUUGACAUUUCCAAAUCCUUCCCAUGUCUCUUUAUUGACAAUAAGGAUCUCUUUGAACAUCGUGCCAUCAAAAAAGAAAUGGUCUAUUAUUUAACCAUGGUCAAAGAAGAUCCAAAUUCCAUUGAAAAUUAUUCCACCGAUUGUUUAGCUUUUGAAACAGUCAUGGGAAAACCAUUGAAAACAUUGAAAGAAUUUUUCGAAGAAUCUCUCCUCAUGUUUGCAGACAUUAUUGAAUUGAAUCAAUGUGAAUUUGAUUUUUUCCAAGAAAUGUCCGCAUGUACCAGUAUUGACGAACAAGAAUUAGUGAUUUUCAAACAUUUAAUGAAUCGAAUCAAAAAUCCAACAAGUUUAUUUCAUCGAGUGGUGAAACAAAAAUCUCGACAAUUUCUCAGCACCUAUUCACAAGAUUAUUAUCAUUCACUCACGACAGAAGAGAAAUUAAUUGUCAUUUCUAGAGCAAAAUCAUUAAUUGCAUCAUUUUUUGAUGAAAUGUAUCGAGUAUUGGCACGACAAGUGAUGAAAAUUAUCAUUCCACAAGCAGCGGAUUAUGGAGUGAUGAUCAAGGUAGAUCCCAAUCAAAUGGAACCUCUCUUUUCACAAUGUAUUGAUCAUGUCUUUUUCGAUCAAGUGUUUCCUCUCGUCUUUGAACUCUACAAGAGAGAAUAUAGUGUGAAAUCUGAAAUUGUGAAUCAAAAAUAUGUCGAACUUGCCAAAUGUACUCCAAAACAUUUGGAAAUUGCCGAUGAAUAUUGUUUGGAUGGAAAUGGAAAGAGUGCUGAAGAAAAUUAUUCACUUGCCAUCGAAUCACUUCGUAACAUUUCACAAUGCAACAGUCUAGUCGAAGGUAAAAUGAAACUCUUAAUGGAAACUUCAAAAGCCAUUGUCGAAUGUGUGAAAAUUUAUCACGGACGAGAACGUGAAGUUUCUGCCGAUGCCUUAAUGCCCAUUUUCAUCUUUGUUCUCAUUAAGGCAUCCAUUCCUGAUUUGUAUUGUCAAUUCAAAAUUUUAGAAGAUUUUGUUCAUGAAUCCAUCAUGAUGGGUCCAAUGGGAUAUUCACUCGUUACACUUCAAAUUGCAAUUGAUUACAUGCAAACUCUUCAAUGGGAACAACUUGAUCAAAUGUUCCAAAUUCAAAUGGAUUUGAAACGACAACAAGUAGAAUUUCAGAGACAACGCGAUUCAGAAAUUCAACUUCGAAAAACUCGAGGUUUCAGUGUCAUGUUAAAUGCACCUCCUCCUGAUACUCAACAAGUAGUAGUAGUUGUGAACAAAUUUGCUGAAGAAAUUCAUAUCGACGACUCCUCGACCAAUGAUGAUUAUAUGACAAUGAUUUGGAUGAUAAUGUGA